ACGCCGUUGGCUCAAUCGGGUGUUAUCAUCUCUUUGGAGUUUUGAAUUGGGUGAAAAUCUCUCAUUCAUUGUGCAAAAGAAGAAGUUGGAAGAUUUAAAGGGCGUGUCGACUUGGAACGAAAAAACAUGGCUGCUUACGACACAGACGUGGAAAAGCAUAAAAAAAAAUUAUCGGAGGAAGAAUCGGUCGACUCUGGGGACGAAAAUGUCGAGAGAGGAAACUGGUCAUCUAAACUGGACUUUCUGUUGUCCUGUCUUGGGUAUGCCGUGGGGCUGGGAAAUGUAUGGAGGUUCCCCUAUCUAUGUUACAGAAACGGAGGAGGGGCGUUUUUUAUUCCUUACUGUAUCGCCCUAGCCUUUUUGGGAAUCCCCAUAUUUUUACUAGAGUUAGCCAUAGGACAGUACUCUAGUGCUGGACCAUUCACCUGUUGGAAGUUUUCGCCGAUAUUUACAGGAAUUGGAUAUGGAAUGUUUAUUGUGUCUGCUUUGGUGGCCAUCUACUACAAUAUGAUCAUUGCUUGGGCAUUCUUCUACCUUUUCGGUUCCUUCACGAACGAGUUACCAUGGCAAUCAUGUGGGGACUGGAGUACAAAUCUAUGUUACGACAACGUCAAGAUCUUAAACAAAACAUUUGAAAAGUGCGAUGGAAAUAAUAGAUGGGGCCUCAGCUGGGUAGCCAAUGAAACACAAGGCAUCUGCUACGAGCCUGGAUUGUUGAACAAAAAGGAGGGUGUCCGUGCUUAUCUUGAUCCUGAGCUGGCAAAAAAAUACUUUCCCAGGACCCUCCCAUCUCAGGAGUACUUUGACAACUAUGUAACCGGAUCCGGAUAUAGCACUGGAUAUGACGACCUCGGAGGAGUCCGCUGGCAGCUUGCUCUUUGUUAUCUUCUGGCAUUCAUCGUUGUCAUACUUUCUCUCAGCAAGAGUAUCAAAUCAUCUGGAAAGGUGGUGUACUUCACGGCAACAUUCCCCUAUGUAGUGUUAGUUAUCCUCCUGAUCCGUGGCUUAAUGCUGGACGGAAUGGAAGAGGGAAUCAAAUUCUACAUCACACCAGACCUUGACAGAUUAAGCGAUGCACAGGUGUGGAAAGAUGCUGCCGUCCAGAUAUUUUUCUCUCUAUCGGCUUCUUGGGGAGGUCUGAUCGCCUUGGCCAGUUACAACAAAUUCCACAACGACUUAAUAAGGGAUACCCUGAUCGUAGCCUUUGGUAAUUGCUUGACCAGUGUGUUUGCUGGUUUUGUCAUCUUUUCCUAUUUGGGCUAUCUUGCUCAGUACAUGGAUCUGCCAGUAGAUGAGGUUGCCAAAAGUGGACCGUCCUUGACCUUUGUCGUGUAUCCAUUUGCUGUCACCAAAAUGCCUGUAUCUCCACUUUGGGCCAUUCUAUUCUUUAUAAUGUUGAUUACAUUGGGAGUAGACAGUGAGUUUGUCCUGGUAGAAACCGUGCUGACGUCAUUAAUGGACAGAUUCCCCAAACUACGUAAAUACAAGCUCUUCACCGUCAUGAUCACGUGUUGUAUUUUCUUCCUUCUUGGUCUAACUUUAACGACAGACGGAGGUGUUUAUAUGUUAGAAAUCAUGGACACCUAUUCGGGAGGAUGGAGUAUUCUAUUCAUCGCCAUUUUCGAGUGCAUUUCCAUUGGCUGGGUGUACGGUAUCUUCCGGUUCCUGGACGACAUUAAACUGAUGACAGGGAACAGUUUCUGUAUGUGUUUCCCCUUCAUCAUGUUUAAAUACUGGUGGAUGCUUUGUUGGUGUUUACUAACACCCCUCCUGGCAGCCAUCAUUAUGGUGUUCUCUUGGGUGGACUACACUGGAAUGGAUAACGGUGCUGAAUAUGACGUGUACGCAGACUUAAUGGGAUGGGGAAUGACUCUGGUCACCAUUGUGUGUAUUGUGGGUACUGCAAUUUACGUCAUCAUCAAGUCAGGCGGGAGCAUAAAGAAAGCAAUACGCCCAACCAUUGAGUGGGGCCCAGCUCUGGUGAGGCACCGACGAGAAGCCGAGUAUCACACAAAGAGAUACACCUCGGACUUCGUCGUAGAUCCGUGGGGACUGGAGCCAGUAAACCCCAAAGACAUCCAACUGCAGGUGGAAAAUAAGACCGGAUUAGAAAAUACGGGCUAUGUACCUCACGUUGAAGAUUCGUCUAAAUUCUAAACUGGUGGAUGAGAAAAGAGGAAUUGACAAUGAAGGAUUUAGCAAUAUUCGAGUUUGAAUUCCUAAUACGAGAACAAGGUGAAUGCUUCACGGCGGAGUGACUGCGAGAACUUUUGAGGAAAAUGACUGAGAAUACCCGAAUACAUAUAGUUUACAUUUAAUCCCUGAAAUAACGCAAUUCAUUUUAGCAAGAUCAUUUUUAUUCUGGAAACUUUUCAACACAAUGUACUGCCAUGUGAUGAGCAUUACUACUUGAAAGUUGACAAAAUGAUGCGAGUGGCAGUACACUGUUGGAAGAAAUGGGAAUCACGUGUUUGAAAUGUAUGAUAAUUAUAUUGUUCCUUAAACUUUAAUUAUGAGAUUCGAUUUUUAAAAAUAGUUUUAAAACGGCGUACAAUCUUUUUCUUUCUUUUUUUGUGAUAGACACUGAAUAUGCAUAAUAGUGAAAGAUACCUACCUGUACAUUUAUCAUAGUUUUUUUGUAUGUUUUACUUUCCGUAAUAUUUCGUAUUGUUUUAUUUUUAACUGGUGACUUUUCAAUGUUUAUGUUUAUAUAUAUGACAAAUGUUCACUUUUCUAUGAU